AUGGGUAUCCGAUAUCUCGUCCAGGCGUGUCUGCUCGCCUCCGUCGCCACAGCGAAGCCUAUUCUUGGAAAGCUGGGAUCGUUCCUCGAGACGCAGAAGCUCGCGAACCCGAACUAUGGCCCGGUCCCGGGACAAGACCCCCUCUUCAGCGACUACUACGGCGUCGACGCCCCCUUCCCGGGCAACCUGAGGCACGCCGUCUUGCCGACCGCGUACGGUCCCCCCGGCGCCGACGACAGGGUCUGGCAGAACCUGCUCGCGGCCGAGUGGAUCAUCUUCGACUUCUACCAGACGGCCGUGCAGAUGUUCAACGAGUCCUCCUUCGUCGCGGCCGGCAUGCCGAAAAACACGUACAAGCGCAUCCAGGAGAUCCGCAACAACGAGGCCGGCCACCUGCGCCUCUUCCAGAACCAGAUCUCGCCGACGUCGGUCAAGCCGGGCGCGUGCGAGCACCAGUUCCCGUUCCGGGACCCGGUCGCGUUCCUCGCGCUCGUCACCGUGCUCGAGAUCUCGAGCAUGGCGUUCCUGACCGGGCUCGUGCAGCAGGCGACGCUGCCGGCGUCGCAGGCCGCCAUGCUCGCCAUCGCCGAGACCGAGACGCGGCACGAGGUGUGGAGCCUGAUCGAGAUCUGGGGCGCGAACCCGUUCGGCGGGCCGGCCGACACCGUGUUCCCGUAUGCGAACCAGGUGCUCGACACGACGAACGCGUUCAUCGUGCCGGGGAGCUGCCCGCCGCAGAACCCGGUGUACCCGGCGCCGCGGCAGGGGCUGCCAGCGCUCAGCGCGGCCAAGGGCACCGCGUCGCUGACGCCCGGGUCGACCAUCGACCUCAGCUUUCCCGACCCGCGCAACCAGCCCGUCUUCGCGCCCGGCACGCAGUACUACGCCGUAUUCUUCCACGCGCUCGCCCACGUCAGCGUCCCCGUCGACACCCGCCGAUGGCCCGCCCGCCCCGUCCGCGUCACCAUCCCCGCCCAGUUCGAGACCCGCGGCGUCAUCGUCGCCGUCCUCGCCGACGCCCCCGGGGCCCCCACCCCCGACUCCGUCGUCGCCGGCCCCGGCAUCAUCCUCGAGCAGCCCGUCGAGCUCGCCACUAAGCUGCUCUGA